UCCGCAACAUUUAAUUAACAGCUACACAGAGAACGGUUUCAACAAAUUGUCGUCUUCGGAUACAACCAGAGACACAAUAUAAAAUAUAACAGAACAUCACACUAUCACAGGCUCACGCGGUGGCGUUUCAUAACAGUCGGUUAAAAUUUGUUCGAGGAUCGUAGUUUGGAGACCCCUGACUUACGUGAUUGUCAUGGAUGGGUGGGAGGAGGGACGCUCAGCCGCGCGAACGAGUAACGACAAUGAUAGCGCAGAAGGAACUGCAGACUACAGUAUACUACAAAAACAAAAUACAAAUUACUACUUUUGUAUUAGUACAUAGGUAUUAUAAUAUGAUAAUAUCGAAAACGGACUAGUGCACAUAGUUUUUAUUGUUUUUCACAUUUAUCAACAGCCAGUCAGACAGAUCAAAUUACCAUCAUAACGCAAUCGUUAUAUUAAAGUAAUAUAUUAUACUAUUGUUUCUACGGUGACGUACAUAGGUUUUGCCACAAACAGAUUGAUUGUUUGUUUCAUUAUAUACAUUUUCAUCUGUAAUUUAUCCUUAAUCAAUAAUAAUCGUAAAAAGCACAUUUAUCAUUAUCUAUCUCAAAUAGCAGUAUUUUGUUUUCUCAGAAAGGAUUGUACUCUACAAUAGAACGGUUUCCUCGCAUGAUACGAGACUCGCUCACAGUAACAGUUAUUCGAGAAAUAUAAUACUAUCGGAAUCACUGCUGCAGCUCACGGAUGCGAUGGCCGAACCCAAUGGAUUACAACUCAUUAGUAAAUAUUCAUCGGCUGUUUCCCGGCUUCACAACAUUAUGGCUAAGCAAGGUAAAUCAGUACAAUACAAUAUGCUUUCCGUGGUGGAUCUGUUACCGAAUAAAAUUUAUAUGUAUUAUGCCACAUGUGGGAAAAUCAUAACUUACGGUUGUGGUUCGUCAAGUAAUGAAGCAACAAAUGACGCGGCGAACAAAUUUUUGAACAAGCUGGCAUCUAUCGCUGAAAUAGAUGACUAUUUACCGUACUCAACAAACCCACCAUGUCUAGAGAGUAAUAUUAAAUUUGCACAAUCUAUCAAUUAUAUUGGUACACUGCAAGAGUUAUGCAGAGCUCGUGUUUGGAAUCUACCAAAAUAUGAAUGUUGUGCAGUUAUUGAAGGCGAAUACAAUAAUAAGGAACAUUUGUUUACCGUAAUAUGUUCUACUGGGCCCUAUAAAUCCAAAGGUGUAGGUAAAAACAAGAAAAUUGCAAAAACUCAUGCCGCUUAUUCAAUGUUAAAUCAAAUAAAUAUGAAUCAACAUAUAACCAAUAACACUUAUACGUCAAAUGACAGUAACGAAAAAAUGAACGAAAUGGAAAAUGAUAAACUUGGUUUGUCGAUAAGUUUAGUAAAAAAUGACACUGUGAAUAAAGCUCUUCACAAGAAUAACCAUAUCAACAGUAAUGAAUCAAGAAUGUUUACUAACUACAUUGGUAUACUACAAGAUAUAUGCAUAGCUCAUGGUUGGGAGCUUCCAAAAUAUGAAUUCCACAAAGAAAACAAUAAUGAUUUAUAUUCUGUGAUAUGUUCUGUUGGACCCCACAAAUCUAUGGGCAAAGGUCAUGCCAAGAAAAUUGCAAAAAAACAAGCCGCUCAGUUGUUACUCGAACAAAUUAGUUUGAAUCAAGAAACUUCUUCUAUGUCUCAUAGAAAUAUCACACAUGAAAUAGUUGAUAAAGGCUUCAACCAAUUAUUAUCGUCUGAAAAAAAGUGGGUGCAAAAACUAAAAGAAUGCAAUUCAUUGGAUGAACUAAAUAUGAGUGGUUUUGAAUUUUUGACAAAACUUGCAUAUGAAAAAUGUUUAAGUAUCACGUGCAUACAAUAUCUAGAUGAUUGUGGUAAAAUUGAGUUGUCUCUGAAAAUAACAACUCCUACAGCUAAACCUGUGUUGAUCUGCUCAGAUACUGGUAAAACAUAUGAAGAUGCUAAAAAUGCAGCUGCAAAAUCUGUAUUAAAAAGGUAUCUAAAAUGUUAAGAAUAAAAGUCAAGAAUAAUAAUAAGGAAGAAAUUAAACCUAGCAUAUUGGAAAAAAACAUGAUGCCAUCCGCAUCCGAGUAAAUAGCAAUGUACUAUAAUAGGACUAAAAUUGA